AUGUUGCGAUUAAGCUAUGUCUUGAUUCUUUUGUUUAUGGUUACAUUAACAAGACCUGAUGAUGAAAUUUCAUCUAUAACAACAAAUUUAUCUGAACGGAAUCGUACGUAUAUGUUAUUCGUUUCAGAAGAUGCUCCUAUUGGUCAUACACAAGUCAUUGAUACAUUUGAUUCAUUAUUUUGUUCAAAAUAUUCAAUAAAAUCAAAUAUUUAUCAUCGUCAUGAUAUACCCUUUGAAAUUUUAUUAUCAACAAAUGAAAGUUGUACAUUAAAUUUACAUGUUAUACGUUUACUCGAUCGUGAACAAACACCUAUGUAUACAAUACGACGACAAUUAAUAGAUGAAAAUGAUUCAGAAGAUAACGAGAUAAUAACUAUUCAAUUAUCUGUUGUUAUUCUUGAUGUUAAUGAUCAUGUACCACAAUUUGAAAGUGAACAUUUUCAUUUUGUUGUACCCGAAAAUGUUGAGCCAGGCUCAUUGGUGGGUCGCGUACAAGCUCAUGAUCCAGAUAUAUUUCUUAAUGGAAAAAUUUCUUACACUUUGUUUGGUCAUGAUCUUAUUCAGUCAGGUAAUCGUACUAUGUUUAAAAUUGACAAAGACACAGGAGAAUUAUUCUUAUUGGAUUAUUCACUUGAUUAUGAAACAAAAAAAGACUAUACACUUAUGGUUGAAGCUAAAGAUCAGGGUGACGUUGAAACUACUCUAUGGCCAUCGGUACCAUCAUAUGCAGAUAUAAUUAUAACUGUUGAAGACGUUAAUGAUCAAAAACCACAGAUUAUUUUUACAAUGCCAAACGAAGAUAAACAAGAUGACAGUGUCCAAUUUAUGAAUAUAUCAAGUCUAUUCUUACAUCAAGAACAAAGUCGUCUAUUCAAUUCAUUGCUUUCUAACAUCAAUCUUGUUGAAAACGAUGCUCAAUUGAUUCAUUUAAUUAAAGAAGAGCCUUUGGCAACCGAUGCACUACUUGGUUUACUUCAUUUACGUGAUAAUGAUCAAACAGCAAAUGGUAUUUUAUCGCUUGAUUUACGAACAUAUAUUCGAUGUUCACCAGAAGGUGUUCAGACAGAUAAUUUAACACUAUGUCGAACAACAGAUUUUUUCCGGUUAUCUGUAUUUCGACCGAAUGUUUACGGUAUAUUUGCUGCUAGCACACUUGAUCGUGAUGCAUAUGAGAAUUAUAUAUUACAUUUAAUAGCCAACGACAAUGGCGAACAGCCAAUGCGAAUUGAAAAAAAACGUCUAUCAUCACGUCAUAGUUCAUCGUUAAAUAUCGAAGAUUUCCUUAAACGUCGUAUCGAUUUAAACGCUCAUACAAUUCAACCAUCGUUUACAUCCCUCCAAUCGGAAUUAUUUAUUUUCUUGACACUUCUUGAUAUUAAUGACAAUCAUCCAACAUUUGAUCAAACUUAUUUUCUUUUAAAAAUUGAUGAAAAUCGACCGAAAAACACAAUACUUACUCGUUUACAUGCAUACGAUAUUGAUAAAGGUAAAAAUGGAACUGUGCGUUAUGAGCUUGUUGUUAAAGAACGUCAAGAAUUUUCAAUUGAUGCACGUUCGGGAAUAUUACGUACGCAACGUAUGCUAGAUCGUGAACAAUGCGAAUUUUAUCGUAUUGGUAUACGUGCAUAUGAUCUUGGAUAUCCAAAUAGAAAAUUUUCGUCGAUGGUCAUUGUUGAUCUACAAAUAAAUAAUCUUAAUGAUCAUGUGCCAUAUUUUCUACAUGAUCUUUAUCAUUUUGAUACUCAAGAAAAUUCACCGAUCGGAACUGUUGUUGGAAGAUUAACAAUUGGUGAUAGAGAUGAACAAGAACCAGUUGAAAAAUUUAUUAAUUUAUCAACACUUGAAGAUAUUGAUAUUGAAUUAUAUAAUGCGAAUUUAUCGAAUAAAGCGUCAAGUUCAAUAAAUUAUAUUUCGGUUGACUUUUUAUUUGUUGAUUCGUAUCGAAAUGAGUCUUUAUCAAAUUUGUUUUCCGUUGAUUCUCAAGGUUUUAUACGUACACUAAUUGUACUUGAUCGUGAAUUACAGGCAAAUUAUACCUUAUCCAUGUUAAUGUAUGAUCCAAUAUUAAAAUCUUAUUCGAUUCCAGCAUAUAUUAUUAUUCAAGUUCUUGACGAUAACGAUAAUUUACCAUAUGAACCAUUUUUAUCAAAUCCAUUUGAUUUAUCAAUCGAACAAAUAAAUAAUGAAGAAACAGUUAUUUAUGAAUUUAAACCAAUUGAUCUUGAUGAUGGACUCAAUGGUAUGGUUUCCAUUGAAUGUCUCAAUUGUACAUCAAGUUAUUUUUUUCAUGUCACAAAAAAUAAUUUAACAAACUCAUCACUAUUAACAACAAAAUUCAAUUUUACAGUACCCGAUGGAUCGUAUAUGCUUGCAUUUCUAUUACGUGAUCAUGGCUCACCAAUAGCACGUGAACGUUUUUAUACAUUAAAAUUUAACUUAACUCAUCGUUCAAUAGAUGAAGAAGAAACUGAAGAAAGUUUUUUUCUUACAACUUCUUCAAUUCCAUUUAUGACGAGACAAAAAAAUUUCUUUUCGAAAAUAUUUUUACACAAAUUUCAAUGGCAUUUUCUCAUAUUAUUAAUUAUAAGUUGGCUAAUACUUGUUGCUACUGCUCUAUGGACAUGUUACCGAUACGAUCAAAUAUCAAAAACACAGCAAAAAGAAUAUAAAAAGAAACAACAACAAUUUGAAAUUCAAGUAAGAAAACAUGAAGUUAUCAAUCCGCCAAUAACAGUUUUACCAAAAGCAUCAUCUAUACCAAACAAUCCUCAAAAACCACAUGACAAAGAAGCAUUAACACAUGAUGAUGAUGAAAUCGAAGAUACAAGUUAUGAUGCUGAUCAUAUUAUAACCGAUGCUAAUUUUGUUUUAACUUCUGGUUGUGCAACAAAUGAAUCAAAUGCUCGAUAUUUUGGAAACAACGUUCAUUUCGGUUACUUGCCAACAAAUAACAGCCUAUCAGCCAACUUAAAUUCCAUCGCUAUUAGAAAUCAUCAUCAUCAUAUACACACAGCACUGCGUUCGACAAGUUUUUCACGACUACAUAACUCUUGUUCUCGUUGUCAAUUGUCAUCAAUGAUGAAUUCAAGAGAAACAAUGUUGACUGAUGCUGCAACAAACACUUCUUAUCAUGAAGAGAAUGAUAGUGAUGAAAUUUGGAAACAAAUGAAUAACAAUAAUCGAAUGUUAUGCGAAAAUGCUAGUACAAUUUUACAUAAUGAUUAUCAGUUUGAACCAAUUGAUCAUGAUUUUCCAUCCAUUGAUAUUAGUACAAUGGCAUCCUCAGCUAUAUCAACACCACAUCAACCAACUAAUGGAAAUUCAAUAAAACGUCCAGCACCAAUCACUAAUUAUAAUUCAAAUCCAGCCAUUGCACGUCCAAAAAAAUAUCAGCAACAACAACAACAACAACAUUAUGUAUUAACAACAAAACGAAAUUCUACUAUAAAUGCAUCAGAUAUUGCUUCAACAGCUCGAUCUUAUACACUACCGAGAUCAGUAACAACUGAUCAAAUUGCAAAUAAUAACAAUUCAACAAAUCAUAAUAAUAGACUUUAUUAUUAUCCUAGUGUACAAGAUGUUCUUGAUGCAUUAAAUCGUCGUUCAUUUGAUAAAGAAUCAUUUGUUUAA